AUGGAUAUCGUCUUUCAUCCGGGCGUCAAUGGCUCUACUCCCUGGGUGGAGUUCUAUCCUUACACCCCGUCCGCCUCGGCUGGAUAUGCAUUCAUGGGACUAUUCGGAGUCGCGACGGUCGUCCACCUCGUCCUGACGUUUCCCUUUCGCGCCGCCUACUUCCUUCCCUUAAUUAUUGGGGGCGUCUGCGAAACAUUCGGGUAUUAUGGCCGAGCGUGGUCACAUCAAUCACGAACCGACAUCCGAUCAUGGGCGCUGCAGGAAAUGCUUAUUCUCUGCGCACCCCCACUCAUCGCCGCCACCGUAUACAUGGUCCUCGGUCGAAUGAUGCGUUCUCUGCAGGCAGAGCACCAUUCCAGCAUGCGCACAAAACGCCUGACCUGGGUUUUCGUCCUGAACGACGUGCUAUGUUUCUGUACCCAACUGGGAGGUGCCGGAGUGCAAGUGACAGGUGACGCGCACAUCAUGGACAUCGGCAAGAAGGUGGUGCUGGCUGGUUUGAUCUUCUCGCUGAUCGUCUUCUGCUUCUUCAUCUGGAUUGCAGUCAAGUUCCAUCAACGACUGGGUCGCGAGCCCACGCCAUUCGUGAUUCAAAACCCGUCGCUCGCGUGGGAACGGUAUAUGUGGGUGUUGUAUGUGGCGUGUGCGGCCCUGAUGAUUCGUAACUUGGUCCGGACGAUUCAAUUCGGGUCGAGUCGGACCUCGGUACUGAAUACCAGCGAGGCGAUUAUCUAUAUCUUCGAUGCCUUUAUGAUGUUUGUGGUCUUUGCGGUUCUCAUUGUGUAUCAUCCGGGACGACUCAUUAAGAAAGCUCGCAAGAGGGCCACCGCUGAGCAGUUCUGUGGGCCUCUGGCUUCGGAGUCGGGGUUUCGUUGGGGAGAUAUCCAUCUGAUGUCGCUCAUUGAUUUCUAUUUUCUUAUGUCUUGA